AUGAAUCAAACCUUAUUCGCAUUAUAUGCUUUUUGUAAAAGGAGAAAUGAUUAGUUAUUAAUAUAUGUUAUAAUAUAUUAUAAUUCAAUAAUAAUUUAAAAGAUUAAGCAAAAGCACCAAUUCAAAUAAGAUUUGAAAGCACAACUCUUAGGUUAUUUAUAGAUCGUUCAUUCAUCUUGCAGACAAAAUUUACUAGAGUAAAAUUAUAGACUGAUGACAGAUCAAAAAGAUUUAAACCUCGCUAUUAUGAUCAGUGCAAGCGUAGUUUGCCCAUUUUAUUACAUUUAGAUGAUAACUCUCCUUAUUUAGCUAUAUAAAAUCAUCAAAAUGAACACGAUCAAAAAGCAAUUCUUUAUUCUUUUUUACGUUAUUCUCAUUACAAUCACCCUCUGUUCGCUCGUUUAAGUUACAAUAUAAAUUUUCAAAGAAGCUGAGGAUGUUGUAAAUAAGAAACUAAUAGAAUAAAUCACUGUUAACUUCUGCGAUACCUUUAAAGUCUUAGCAUUUUCUGUUUCAAUAUUAAUGCUGUGUUACAAAUGGUAUGAACUUUAUCUUAAUUAUUUCUAUUCUGUGAGAACUGCUAAAAAUUAGAUUAGACGCUAUAAAAUUUGCGCUACUAUCUAUGUUAUUACUUCUCUCACAGCUUAUAUACUUAGUAUAAUAUAUACUGGUGUUAAAAAUGACUAUGAGGGAUUCAACUACAAUGAAGAUUUGAUAAAAAGAGCUGGGCACAAUAUUGAAAAAGAAAAGAUACCUUAUUUGCUUUUAUAUGAUAUUUAUUUUAAACUUCCUUAAAAUAACUCUUUUGUUAACACAAAUACUCUAUUACUACUUCUCUGGAGAACCAUUUAAAAUGAAAUUUUUGACAAGCAUUGGAUAUGUGUAUUACUUACUUUCUAAUUAUUUUUAAAAAAUAAAUGCUUUAUUUAUCUUUUUUAAAUAAAGAAUUGCUUAUUUAGUGUCUACAGAAAUUAUUUUAAAUUUCCUUCCAGUGUGUUUGAUGGCUUUCUUUAUCAUUCCUUAUAGUUCAAAAUCAGAAAAAAAAUAUAACGAAAUGCUGCAAAGCUCAAGUGUUGGAAAAAUUAGUUAAUCUUUGGUGGACGAAAACAAAUCAACUAUUUUGGUAUAAAGUCAAGCAUAAGAAUGAUUGAUUUUAAAUUACUAUUUUCACUAAAAAUAAAACAAAAUAUAAUUAAAAAUUUAAAAAAAAUCAAGUUUAUAAAUUUAUUAAAGUUAAUUUUUAUAUAUUAUUUUAUCGAAUAUCUUUAUUUAUGUGUAUGUAAUAAAUAUUAGUUCAAAAAGAAAAAAAUUAUUUCCAAGAGUAAAGAUAAAAUUAAAAUCAAUUUUAUUAAUUCAAAAAAAAUUAUAAAAUCCUAAUAAUAUUUAAUCCAAAAACAAAUAAAGAUCAAUUUACUUAAAAUGCUUGAUUUCAUGUUUUGUAAAUUCAAAAGGUAAAAAUAUUUUUUUAUAAUUCAACCAUGA